AUGUCUAAUACCAAUACUACCAAACAAGCGCAGGUGAAGAAAGAAGAAUCAAAACCUGUCCUCCCUUGGAACAAAGCAGACCAUGGAGUCGCUAUGAAGACUUUUACAGGUUAUAAUGUAAAUUUGACCGGGUGGAUAAGAAAGGAUAUUCAAGAAAAUACGAGAAAGAGAAAGAACGAGAGAAAGAGAAAGAGAAAGAGAAAGAGAAAGAGAAACAGAAAGAGAAGGAGAAGGAGAAGGAGAAGGAGAAGGAAAAACAGGAAGGUGAAAAUAAGGAAAAUUUAA